AUGACCAAAGCAGGUUACACUCCAAAUAGUGAUACCCUAUGCGUUUUUUUCCUCCAAAGAAAGGCCACUAUUUCUUUUACUAGUUCAAUUUCAGAUUGGGCAGAUUUCACUGCUCUUGAAGGAUUUGACGAUCAAGAUCCAACGACUAUUAGUCAAAAUCAAGCAUACACACUAACAGUUGAUGCAAAACCGAUCAUACUAAAAUUUCAAUGCGCAUCGGGUGAUGAACUUCGUGUUACAAUUACCAAUGUACAAGGUGGUGGACGAUACGAAGGAUUUGGCUCAACCAAUAUCAAUCCUACUCCACCAGAACCAGAAAAUACUCCUACCGAAGUUCCAACUCCUUCUCCAGCAACUCCAACACCCGCCACUCCAACUCCAGCAACUCCCACUCCAGCUACUCCAACUCCAGCAACCCCAACACCGGCUACUCCAACACCGGCUACACCAACUCCAGCAACUCCAACUCCAGCCACUCCAACACCAGCCACUCCAACUCCAGCAACUCCAACUCCAGCUACACCAACUCCAGCAACACAUACUCCAGCAACUCCUAAUCCAGAGACUCCAAUUCCAGAAACACCAAAUAAUCCCCAAAAAUCGCCUGACACAUAUUCGCCAACACCGGAUGCCACGUGGGAUGGAGAAUAUGACGAUCCACCAAACGUUUUAAUAAGAGGUAACGAUAUACCACAGAUUUUCGAUUCACAUCCGCCAAUACAGACAAAUUAUGUUAAGACACCACCACCAAAAGAAGUCGUGGUAAUCUCGAUCUCUUCGGCAACAAUCAUUGCAAUUGCUGGAAUUUCACUUUCAGUUUUCAAUGCGGUUAGAUCAGCUAAGUUGGUUAAAGAUAUUGUAAAUGGUGUUGAUGUUGAAGGUGAUGAUAACGAUGAUUUUUCUUUCGAAAGUUGGAUUGAUUUAUCUUACUCAAUAUCAGACACAUCUAAUGAUGUUUUUCAUAUAUAA